AUGGAGAUAGACAACGACGUGGCAAUGCAGGACGCAACCGAAGAGCCUCUGGAUCCUACGCUCGACGAAGAUGAGGCCACCUCGAGAGAUGGGGGUGGUUCCAAGAAUGACGAGGGGCUUGAUUCCUCAGCGGGCCAUAGAUCGUCAAAGCCUCUGCAACUGGACUCAGGCAAUAUAGGGCAAUUGGACAAAUGGAUUGAGCAUCUAAGUCAGUGUCAGGUAUUGUCCGAGGAGGACGUGGGAAGACUGUGCAAGAUGGCUGUGGAUGUUUUGCAGUUCGAGGAAAACGUACAGCCGGUAAACGUGCCUGUUACGAUCUGCGGUGACGUGCAUGGCCAAUUCCACGAUUUGAUGGAACUAUUCAAAAUCGGAGGACCGUGUCCAGAUACCAACUAUCUGUUCAUGGGUGACUACGUUGAUAGAGGCUACUACUCGGUUGAAACCGUGUCAUAUCUAGUUGCAAUGAAAGUGCGGUAUCCAAAGAGAAUCACCAUUCUAAGAGGUAACCACGAAUCAAGACAGAUCACACAGGUGUAUGGAUUCUACGACGAAUGCUUGCGUAAGUACGGUAGCGCCAGCGUCUGGAAGAUGUUCACGGACCUGUUUGAUUAUUUCCCCAUAACUGCAUUAGUGGACAACAAAGUGUUCUGCUUGCACGGCGGUCUGUCGCCGAUGAUCGAGACCGUGGACCAAGUUCGCGAACUGAAUAGAAUACAGGAAGUACCACACGAGGGCCCCAUGUGCGAUCUACUAUGGUCUGAUCCUGACGACAGAGGUGGAUGGGGCAUCAGUCCAAGAGGAGCAGGUUUCACUUUUGGCCAAGAUAUCAGCGAGCAAUUCAAUCACACGAACGAUUUGUCGCUCAUCGCAAGAGCUCAUCAACUGGUAAUGGAAGGGUACGCGUGGUCCCAUCAGCAAAGCGUUGUCACCAUUUUCAGCGCGCCCAAUUACUGCUACAGAUGCGGCAACCAAGCCGCCAUUAUGGAGUUUGACGAAAAUCACAAUCGCCAGUUCCUACAAUAUGACCCGUCGAUGAGGCCUGGAGAGCCUACGGUAAGUAGGAAGACGCCAGACUACUUUUUAUGA